UCAAAAAUACCUGGCAACCUUCUGUUGAAGACUCGUCACAUGAAACAACAUGGCAGAGAGUACGACAAAAUCAAAACUGGAGUUGGUGACCAAGAACAUCAGGCCAUUUCCUGAUUUUCCAAGUGAAGGAAUACUUUUCAGAGACAUUAGUCCUAUCCUGAAGAACCCAAGUGCUCUGACUGCAGUGAUCGAUCUCUUUGAGGACCAUGUGAGAAUGACAUACCCGCAGGUGGAGCUAAUGGUGGGUCUGGAUGCACGAGGGUUCCUGUUUGGGCCCCUGUUGGCCCAGAGGUUAGGAGUAGGGUUUGCCCUCAUAAGGAAGAAGGGCAAGCUGCCUGGACCAACUGUCUCUGUGUCCUACACCCUUGAAUACGGCAAGGCAGAGGCUGAGAUCCAGGAAGAUGCUGUGUCUGCGGGGCAGAAGGUCCUCCUUAUUGACGACCUGCUAGCAACUGGAGGGACGCUGUACGCUGCUUGUGAGCUGAUGAAAAAGCAGAAAGCUGAUGUGCUUGGCUGCUUGGUGGUCAUCGAGCUCAAAGACCUCAAUGGGGUGGAAAAGCUGAAGCCUUUCCCUCUUUUCUCACUGGUGCAAUACUGAGGGACCGUUUUCCCUGUAUGGUGAAAUGGGCCCAAACAUGCCACCCAUAAGAAACAAAUGUUUCUCAAAUACAUUUCAUAUUAUUCAUAGUUCUUCCACAUAGAGACAAAGACAAUCUCAUAACUUCCUACAAAUGCCCCACAAUAUACUCACCUAAAAAAGGUUUAUAAAAGUUGAUUGCUUCAACAUGGUA